AUGACCUUCAAGAUCGUCAUUGUCGGCGGUAGCGUCGCUGGCUUGGCGCUCGCCAACAUGCUCGAGAAGUUCAACAUUGACUAUGUUGUUCUCGAAGCCUAUCCUGAGAUUGCCCCCCAGGUUGGAGCCAGUAUUGGACUAUUGCCCAAUGGCUUGCGGAUUCUCGAUCAGCUCGGUUGUUACGAAGCGUACCGGGCUAAAGCUGAGGACCAAGUAUACCAACACGCCUACCUCAGGCGAGAGAAUGGUGAAAUCUUCAGCUACCAACAUGAUUUGAUGGACAUGUGGGAGAAAAUGUUAGGAUAUCCAAUGAUCUUCAUCGACAGGCAGAUGCUUAUUCAAGUUCUGUAUGAGAACUUGAAACACAAGGAUAGAGUGCUCACUUCUCAACGAGUUGUAUCCGUGGAAUUUACCGAAUCUGGUGCUCUUGUCACCACCAAAGACAACAAGGUCUUCAGCGGGGACAUUGUCGUCGGAGCUGAUGGAAUCCACAGCACGGUAAGGAAGGAGAUGUGGCGACAAGCGCCGACCGGAUACUUCCCUCUGGAUGAGGAAUCCAAGGUCCCCGCCUCCACUUUGUGUGUCUUUGGCAUCUCUCACAGGCCCAAGGCAUACCCCGGAGCCAGUCAGCACAACACGAUGUCGCCUGGUCAUAGCUACUUUGUAAUGGCUGCGCCGGGAGACCGCGUGUACUGGUUUUUGUUCAUGGAGUUGAAGACCCUCUAUGGUAGAGAUAUCCCGAGGUAUACCAAGGCCGACGAGGAGCGUAUUAUCAAGAAGCACUGGGACGACCAGAUUCCGGAAAACAUGACACUUGGUGACCUUUACGAGAAACGUAUUGCUACGACGCUGGCGCCGCUUCAAACCUAUGUCUUUGAGAAGUGGCACUACAAGAGGGCCAUCACCAUCGGAGAUUCUGCACACAAGGAACGUGCUCAACACAUUGUCAAGCAAGGCUACUGGCUCCAGGACGCCUUCACGCUACGAACCAGAAUGGGUAAGAUGAUUGCGCGUUACUUAAUGCCUUUGCUGGGCUCCUUCGGAGUCGUCUACCGAGGCGUCGAGUUCUGCGCCCCCGCAACGAAGCUGGAGAGACUAGAAGUGCCUCAUCGUCCUAGAGCGGUGUUGUUCGAGGAUGAGUUGCCAGCGAAGCCACUCAAGGGCUUGGGCAGUCUGAACAAGCUCUUCUCUGUCGCAUUCAUGUGUAUACUCUGUGCCGUCGCGGCAGGGGUGUUGCGUCUGCCUAGGAGCCUGGAGACGCUGGUCGACGUCCUGUGCUCUUCCAACCAUGGAGAUGCGUCGAUGCUGCCGGCUAUCGAGUUCAUGACCAACACUGCGGCGCUCAUUGCUCUCGCCUUGGCUGACUUGAACCGCGUGGGAAACCAGCUGACAUCUGUGACCUUAAUCGUAAUCUUUACCAUCUUCAACAACACGCUCGGCCCAGGUGGUUUUGCCCCAAUUUCUUGUGUCUUUGCUCAUUGGUCUUGCAACACCAUUGUCGGCAGACACGUUCCCCUCGAGAACGCCAAGAGGGUGUUGCCCAUCACGGCCGCGGGAUAUCUCCUACCCGCAGCCGUCGCGCUGUAUCGCCAGGACGCAAACUCAAUCAACGUCUGGCGCAAUGCGCCAAUACUGUGCUUCUUGUUGGCUAGGAGUCUCUCUGUGUUUGGACUACAAUCUGGAUCUCAGCAACCUGAGAACGAAGAGACCAAGUUACAGAGCACGAGAGAAAAGUACCAAAACAUGUUCGCCAAGGCAGAUCUCCCGGUUCUUGGCCUUGUCUACUACACGACUCUGGCAAUCUCCGCAGUCAUCCAUCUCACCAAUGUUGCUCUCUUCGGUUUGAAGUACAGCUUGUUUGGUGGUGAGAACGCGGCCUUGAUGGCUCUGGGUCUGUCGAAGCUGGAUAUUCUGAUCUUCACGUUCUGUUCGCUGCUGCUUGCCCUCGGCACGGCGCCGUGGAGUUUGCGACUUUGCGGAUACAUCAACACGAAGAAAGCCUUGACUCAGGCCGCAGCAGUGAUUCUGGGAUCGGCCGUUGUUGGUCCCGCGGCAACGCUCGCAGGUAUUACUGCGUAUCGAGAGGGUAUUGUCGCAGGUCUGAGCCAGUAG